AUGGCACCGAAUCAUAGGAAACGGCCACGACCCGCCAGCAGUAACGAAGACGACGGUGAUGGUAGACCUGCAAAACGCCCAACUACAGUAGGCCCAGUGGCUCAAGCGCCUAUCAAUGCGGAUCAGGUGCUCCCCAAGCUGCCGCGUGAUGCGUACGACGUGGGCUGGGUUUCUGCUCUUCAUCUAGAGAUGGCUGCAGCCAUCGCCAUGCUCGAUUUCAGACAUGAACCGCACGCUCAAAAAGAGGAUGACAGCAAUGUAUACGUGUUCGGCAGCAUCGGCCUGCACAACAUCGUCAUUGCAUGCUUGCCAUCGGGAGAGUACGGCACAGUCAAAGCGGCGGUGGUAGCGAACAACAUGCAUUCGAGUUUCCCCUCGAUUCGCAUUGGCUUGAUGGUUGGAAUAGGAGGCGGUGUACCUGGGACAGUCGACAUACGGCUGGGCGAUGUCGUGGUCAGCAACCCGACAAGAGACUCUCCGGGUGUUGUGCAGUACGACUUUGGGAAGGCCAUAAAUAACGGUCGGUUUGAAGGUAUCGGAAGUCUGAACAAACCUCCAACAUUUGUUCUUGCGGCUGUAUCCGCGUUGAGGGCUAAGCACGAAACUCAGCCGAGUCAGAUUCCGUCAAUCUUGGACGAUAUGAAGCAACGCAAUACUCUCAUGGUCGAGUACACGCAUCAAUUCGUAGAUGAAGAUUUACUUUUUGAAUCAUCUUACGAACACUCUGGAGAGAACUGCGACAAUUGCGAUAGAUCUAAGCUGAUACUACGCGACCCACGAGCGACAAAUGAUCCUAGUAUCCAUUAUGGAAUCAUUGGCUCCGCAAAUCUGCUCAUGAAAGACGCCAAAAGAAGAGACCAACUUGCAAAAGACCAUGGACUUGUUUGCUUUGAAAUGGAGGCUGCAGGACUAAUGGACAACUUCCCGUGCCUCGUCAUUCGAGGCAUUUGCGAUUAUGCGGAUUCUCAUAAACAAAAGCGAUGGCAGAGAUAUGCCGCUGCUACGGCGGCAGCGUACGCAAGGGAGCUUCUUCUUCUCACGCCAGUCCAAGAAAACUUCGCCAUACACACGCAAGUAGAAAUACGAGAUUCUGAUACAUCCCGGACAAAGCGUGGGGAGCUUCUAGACUCACUCAAGUUCGAUCAAAUUGGCAAGCGGCACGCCAACAUCAAAGCGAAUCAUGCCAGAACUUGCGAAUGGCUCCUCAAUCAUCCUGAAUACACCGCCUGGAAGGAUACCAAGAAGUACAAACAGCAUCACGGUUUUCUCUGGAUGAAGGGAAAGCCCGGGGCUGGGAAGUCAACGAUUAUGAAAUUCGCUCUCGACCGCGCAUCAGGGCGGACCAUUUCCUUCUUUUUCAAUGCAAGGGGCGAAAGUCUGGAGAAAACAACGCUGGGAAUGUAUCGAUCACUACUGCAUCAGCUCUUGCGGGCACUCCCCGAUCUACAAGUCUUGCUCGAUACCACCGUCAUUUCACCGUCGGACCAACAAGGCAUCACCGCAUGGGAUCUAGAAACGACUCAAGUUCUUUUUCGCAGAGCUAUACAGAAUCUCAGACAACGACCCUUGACUUGUUUCAUUGACGCCCUUGAUGAGUGUGAAGCGGCUGAGGUUCGAGAACUAGUCGAGGUCUUCGAAGACUUGGGACAAUAUGCGGUUCAAAACGACCUCCGGUUCUAUGCCUUCCUUUCUAGCAGACAUUAUCCUUACAUUGAUGUUCAAUACGGCCAAAAGCUCAUUCUGGAAGACCAAGUUGGACAUGGGAAUGAUCUUGCAAAGUACGUAUGCACCAAGCUCAAGGCCGGCACUGGACCUCAGAGUGAUGAGAUCAUCGCUGAAAUCCUACGAAAAGCUUCUGGCGUCUUCAUGUGGGUCGUACUGGUCGUCGAUAUUCUGAACAAAGAGUACCUGAGGCGUCGCUUGUUUGCAGUGCGAGGCCGCCUGAGAGAGAUCCCGUCGGAACUAGGUGCCCUUUUUAAGGACAUCUUGACCAGAGACCAAGAGAACAAGGAUGAUUUGCUUCUCUGCAUCCAGUGGUUGCUUUACAGUAAACGACCCCUGAAGAGAGAGGAGUAA